AUGGUAAAGCAUCAGCCUUUACAGGUCUACGAGAGACAGCUGUGUUUGUCCUGCGUGACUGGGAUCUAUGGUUGCCGCUGGAAACGCUACCAGCGCUCCCAUGACGACAGCUCCAAGUGGGAAUGUUCAUGGUUUUUCCUCCUGUGCUGCUCAGUUCUCUUGCUGCUUGUGUGGUCCUAUUUCUGGUGGGAGGCUCACAAUGACUACAAUGAAUUUAAUUGGUUGUUAUAUAACCGCUCAGGAGAAUGGAGUGAUGGUACAAUCCCCAUUCUCACUACCACCGUCGUGGGAUUCACUUACACAGCGUUUUUACUGGUUUUAGCACUUUGUCAUAUUGCAGUGGGUCAGCAGCUCAAUCUCUACUGGAUCCAUAAGAUUGGAGUGUUGGCUGUACUACUCACCACCAUUACUGGCUUCGUUUCCAUCGAUGACUUUUGGAGAGAUGAAUGGGACAUUGUCUUGAUCUCUCUCCAGUCCACAGGCCCGUUCCUGCACAUUGGCGCCGUCGCUGUGGUUACGGCCCUCGGCUGGGUGGUGGCAGGUCAGGUGGUGCGCGGAGAGAGAACAAAGUUCCAGAUGGCCAUGCUUGUGCUCUAUGUGGGUGUGCUCUUGGCCCUCUACCUGGUUCCCCUCACUUUGUCUUCCCCCUGCAUCAUGAACCGGGCCAACCUCAAACCACGCCCUGCUGUGAUUGGCCGGCGAGGAGCGCCCAUGCUGGCUCCAGAGAACACCCUCAUGUCCUUCAGCAAAGCCUUCCAGCAGAGGGUCAGUGCCCUGGAGGCUGACGUGACUGUCAGUUUGGAUGGUGUGCCCUUCCUGAUGCGUGACAUGACUCUGCGGAGGACAACAGAUGUGGCCAGACUUUUUCCACGGAGACUCAAUGAUGAUGCUUCUCUCUUUAACUGGACACAGAUACGGUCUCUUAAUGCAGGAACAUGGUUUCUCAAGACUGACCCCUACUGGACGGUGGACUCCAUGUCUGUUAAAGACCGUAACCGCGCUGGGAAUCAGACGGUGUGCAGCCUGGCAGAACUGCUACGUCUGGCCACCCGCACAAACCUGUCCGUCCUGUUUAGUCUCCGCAGGCUUCCGUCCCAGCACCCACGCUACCAGCUCUGGGUUAGCGACGUCCUCAAGGUCGUGCAGAGGUCAGGCAUCCAACCACAGAAGGUGAUGUGGACCCCUGACUGGUACAGGAAGAGGGUGCGAGCAGGGGCUCCGCUCCUGCAGCAGACGUCUGAGGAGAAGCUGUCUGUGGAGGAGCUGAAACAGCGAGGCAUCAGUGCAGUUAAUCUGCACUACAGCCAGAUCAGUCCACAGGAGAUCAGGCUGUUGUCUGAGAACAAUGUGACUGUGAAUGUGUACACAGUAAAUGAGCCAUGGUUAUACUCCUUGAUGUGGUGUAGUGGGGUGUCGUCUGUCUCCUCCGAAGCUCCGCACAUACUCCGGAAGGUGCUUUACCCCAUCUGGAUCUUGAGUCAAGAUGAAUACUGUUUGAUUUGGAUCACUACAGAUCUCGUCUCAUUUGCAAUAGUCGUGGGGGUAUUCAUAUUCCAAAACUAUCACGUGAUCAGGUGGAAAAUGAGCGGCAUGCGGAGUUAUAACCCUGAGCAGAUCAUGCUGAGCGCGGUGGUACGCAGGCCCAGCCGAGACGUCAACAUCAUGAAGGAGAAACUCAUCUUCUCUGAGAUUAACAAUGGUGUUGGCAGCACAGAGGAACUGUCCAUCUUCACUGAGAAUGGAUAUGACUCCCACAGACACAGUGGCAUUGCCCGCUGA